UACCCUUAAUCACGCCACUCCUGUAGGGGGCAGUAAUCCAUCUAAGGGCUGCGUUCCAACCGCACGAUAAGAAACUGUAGAAGAAGAAGAAGCCGGAAGAUUUACAGGUCUCACACGGAUCCAGGCUGAGCCUCUGCUCUGUAUUCUGCAUGUGUUAUUGAGAUCCAACAUGCUGGCUAAAGUGGAAGGAGAGAAGCCACAGAAAGGAGGAGACAGGAAGAGGAGGCACCCCGCUGAAGAUGGAGGAAGAGGAGAGUGGAAGAAGAAGAAGAGGGACGAGGAAGAUAAAGAAGGACCUAAAGCUAAGGGUGAUGGUGGCAGGAAGCGACUGGAUGCUCUGAGUGUUGGUUACUUCCGCCGUGUUGGGGAUAGACUGAGUGAAGGCUUUGAAGAAGAAGACGAGAGAGAGAUGUUUGUGGAGAACGUCCUCGCUGAGGUGAAAGGGAAAGCCAGCCUGGUGGCGACAGACCAGACGGGAAGCAUCACUCUGCAGCGGCUGCUUGAGCUGUCCAACCCCGAGCAGGUGGGGGAGGUGCUGGCCGAGCUGGGCGGAGAGCUGGGCUCCACUUUUAAGGAGGCGUCGUGCGACCGGUGUGGCGGCCACGUUGUGGAGAGCGCGCUCAGACAGAUGUCCAGGUGGGAUGAGUUCUCACUGAAGGAUCCAUCAAAAGCCGCUGAAGAAGAGGAGGAGGAGGAAAGUGCUGGCGUGUUGGAGACCCAGGUGUUGUCCCUAAGUCAGGUGGUGAGAGACAACAGCGCCGAGUUCAUCAAACACGUCCAUGGCUCGCACGUGGUCCGCACGCUUUUACACGUGCUGGGGGGCUGCCUUGGACCUCCUCGCACCGAAGCCCGUCCAGGUGCCAAAGUGCAGAGAGCGGCCCCUCAUCUGACAGACUUUGAGAUUCCCACCUCGUUCUGGUACGAGCUGAAGAGCCUCACCGAGACCUUGAUGGAAAAUAUUAAUCUGAGCGUUACAGACGGUGCUGCCAGUGCAGUUUUCCAGACCAUGCUGACUGUGUGUCACAGAAAGCGACCUAAACUCUGCAAGCAGCUUCUAAGGCGCACCAUGGAGUACCUGACCAGCCGCAGCUCUGCCCCCGGAGUCAGUCCACUGCUGGUUUUCCUGAAGGACCAGGCCUCCAGUCGCCUCAUAGAGACGAUCAUUCAGCUAUCCCACAAAUCUCUGCUCCGUGACCUCUACAAGAACCACCUGAAGGGCAGCUUGGUUGACCUCGCCCUCCACCCCAUCGCCAACUUCCCCAUCCAGAGGCUGACGGCAGCCUCGGCCAAGUGUAAACUGUUCCCGAGGCUGUUUGACGAGCUGGUCCAGGGCGUGGAGGCCGUCUUGGCCGCGGGCCACAUGGGCGUGAUCGUCCAGUUAGCAGAAAGCUGCGCAGAGAGCGGAGAGAAGCAGGACGAGAUGAUGCGGUGCCUUCUGAGUUCGUUCCACUGCGCUGAGCCCGGCUCUCGACACGUCUGCUGCCUGCCGCUCUUCAUGUCCCUGCUCACCUAUGAGGUGUAUUACCAGUCUGACUCAACAGAGGGCAGCACACAGAAAGAGGUCCCGCUGACCUCCAUGUGUUACCACGGUUCCCUGCUGGUCCAAGCGCUGGCCAAGUUUAAGGAGCGCUCACACCUUCUCAGCAGCCUGCGCUCCCUGAGCCCCGCCGACCUCCUCACUAUGGCCUGCGACCCGUCCGGCAGCCACGUCUUGCAGGCCCUCAUCACCACUUCCAGCGACAAAGGCAGGGGCAAGAUCCUCAAGAGACUGGAGGGCCAGUAUGUGCAAAUGGCCUGCUCCAAGUUGGGCAGUCGAGUACUUGAAGCCGUGUGGAACAGCGCGUCGGUCAGCCAGAGGCAAAGCAUCGCACAGGAGCUCGUUCCCAGUGAAAGUAAGCUGAGGUCUGAUCAGUUCGCUCGUCACGUUUGGGCAAAGUUUGCCCUCUCACACUUUGCACACAGGAGAGCCCACUGGCAGGAGAUCCAGACAGGAGAGUCCAAGAAACGGAAGCUUUUCAGCGACCUUCUUGAAUAA